AUGGCGGCGGCUGCGGGACAGAGUGAGGGGGCUGGAGCCGAGCUGCCCGACUCCUGCCCUGGCGCGGACAGCGGACAUGUCUCUCAGAGCCACAGCAGCACGUCUGGUCUCGGCGAGCCGGAGGACGAAGAUGCCAUGGAGGCGUCGCUCAGCGCCACCGCCGCCGCCUAUUCCUCGUAUCUGCUGGCCGACCGCAGCCUCUUCAGCGAGCAGAUAGAAAGCUUAGACAAGAGUCUAGAAGAUUUGCUGACCAGAGUGGAUGAAUUUGUGGGAAUGCUGGACAUGAUUCGAAGUGAUUCCUCUCAGGUCAUCAAUGAAAGCAUACCUCAGAUUUACACAAAAGCUACACAAAUGAGACACAUAUACAGGAAGAUUGACAAGCUAGAGGCUUUUGUGAAGAUGAUUGGAAAUAGCGUAGCUGGACUGGAAGAACGGGUCGUAAAGGCAGAAACAGACCUCGGAGCUUUUCCAAACACAUUCAAGAAAAUCUUGCACACAAUCAGCAUGCCAUCCUUCCUUAAUAGAUCGUCAUCUUCACGACAACGACAGACCCUCUAUGAACCUCCAGUCCUCUUCAAGACUGAGGACUACUUCCCAUGCCUUAACGAAGCACCUUAUUGAUGGUUUUUGCUUUGGGAUUGACAAGAAUCAGCCAGAACAGAGACAGCCAAAUGAACAAAAGAAAUGCCAACCUCAGCAGUAGUUGCGUUUCUGAACAUUACUGAUGGCAUAUUGCCAUUCUGACUCUCAGUGUCUUCCUUCAGGCAGUAUUUUCAGGUAAUCCUUGUUUGUGUAUGUUUUUGCAAGUCUUCCUAAAACACAGUAUAGAUUUUCAGAUUAUAUUGGAGAAGGAAUUUAAGAAUACUUAUGCAUUAGAUUAUUUUUUUUAAUAGGGAAAUAAUAGGAAACAUACUUUAUUAUGUAAAUCUUUUAACAUAUAAAGAAAAACUAUGCAUAAACAUCUGCUCUUAAGUUUUGGAGCGUGAUCCCUGCAGUUUGUACAGAGAAAUGCACAGGAUUGGGAUGUCCCAAGUUGCAAGGGGAGGACUUGGAAGAUUGAUGAGAAGACAAGAAUAUGGAUUACUGCACAUGAUCUAGUCCCAGUUCAGAAAGCAGACAUCCUGCCCACACUGAUGACCAUCAGGUCACAGUGACCCAAGGUUCUAAUUAUUGCAGCACGGUAUUGUUUGAUGUGUAACCAGGUGGGCAUGGUAUAUAUAAAACCUGCUGUGGAAAAGAAAAAGUAUAUUGAGGGAGGGAGAUGCCCCUGGAUGGAGCCUCCAUCAGUUGCCUGACCAGACUGUCCAUGUUUUCCUCACAACCCUCCAUGUGGUUACUGGGGAUCCCUGUACUGA